UGUGGGGUAGGUAUUACACCAGCCACAGCUCCAGAUAAGCAGUCAUUUCUCUCACAGGACGCCGAGGGGGACAGAAAGGGAAGGAGCUGAGACAGGGCGAUUCAAAACCUGCUCAACAUUCUGGACAACAAGAUGUCAUGCAGCAUCAGACUGUAUAAGGACUCGGACUAUGAGGUGGUCCGAGAGAUCUUUACUUGUGGCAUUAAAGAACACAGUGGCACAGCCUUCCACCAUGCACUUAGUCUACCCCACAUUUGGGUCCUUCAGCUCCUCACGUUCCUGGUUCUGCUCCAGACCACGGGAUCACUUACCGUCGCUGUUGUAGCAGUUAUUGCUACUGUAGCUUUGCUAUGGCUCCUCUGUAGAUAUAUCUACUCUUCCUAUGUCCAGCAGAGCCUGCAGGAUGACAUGUUGGACAUCCGGAAAUACUACCUUCAGCGGGACGGUUAUUGUUUUUGGGUGGCGGAAUCAGCCGGGGAGGUGGUAGGGACGGUGGCCGCUGUCCCACCCCAUCACCCCGGCGGAGACAGGCAAGUGGAGCUUAAGAGGUUGUCAGUUCCAAGGAGACACAGAGGAAAAGGGAUUGCGAAAGCCUUGUGCCAGACGGUCAUUGACUUUGCCAAGCAGAGAGACUGUGAGGCGGUGAUUCUGGAAACCUCGCUGUCUCAGUAUGAUGCUUGCCGGCUGUACGAGAAGAUGGGUUUCCGGGAGAGCCGCAAUUCCUGUCCACCACAUCCUGUAACAAAACUCAUUGAUUUCAGAAUCUUGUUCUACCAAUAUGACAUUCUAAAGCAUAGGUGAAAGAACAAUAAAAAUAAUUUUACAAAUACAGUAAUUAUAUUGCUUGAUUAUAAAUCCAGUAGUGUACAAAAAAACAAUAAAUCCAAAAGUCCCAUAAAUCCGUAACAGCCACUAGUAGGUGUGGUGCAUUUAUCAGUGUAUACCUGGGUACACACUAGAUGAUAUUUGGAACAAUUUGCCCAAUUCCGACAGAUUGGAAAUCAUCAAGUGUUUAUGCUCUAUUUGUAUGCCCCCUCAGUCAUCAGUGAAGUCUUCUGGUCGGCCCCACAUGCAGCCAACUCUGAAGAUAUUGUCAACGACAGCAUACUCCUGGAUGUGGCCACUGACUAUAUAUAUUUGGUAUUUUGCAAGGUUGCACAGUGUGCAUGCAAAAUAUAUUUUCCCUGGGAGUUCAAGGGAAAUCGUUGCUGACAUUGCAUCGUGUGCCUGUUGUCUAGUGUAAGGUCCAGCUGGGAUGUAGCUAUCAGUGUAAGGCACAGCUGUGGUGUAUCUAUCGAUGUAAGGCACAGCUGUGGUGUAUCUAUCGAUGUAAGGCACAGCUGGGGUGUAGCUACCAUGUAAGGCGCAGCCAGGGUGGCGCUAUCAGUGUAAAGGCCAGCCGGGGUGCACCCCCUGCAGAUGUGGGUAUGCACAGUACAAGUAAAGAUGGUGAUGAUGACAUAAUAGAAAUUGAGGAAGCUUGUAUGGAAGUGCAAUGUUGAGGGGAAUAUUUGUGUACCUUGUGACGCUAAUGAGAUAAGAUUUUGAAGAAGAUAAAAAUGUUGUUUGUGUAAGUCAUCCACCUGUGGCAGCAGUUCUAGACCAUGAUAAAAGGAAAGGCAUUGUAAUGCCUGGACAUAAGACCAAAAAGCCACCUCUUGGGCGUGGGAUUAUUUGUAAUAAUAAUUUGUAAAAUAAUAACAAGCUGUCUAGUGUUAGCUACAAGCAGUUUGGACCAGCCUAUACAAUCUCCUCCGCCAACAUCCUCAUUAGCGAUUGGAGGUAGUCUUUCCAAAUAAUUGGUUUGUGGGGGCCCAAACAAACCAAGCAGUUCAGCCACAAAAAUGUUAGUUCCUGUCGCUGAAGUGCUUGGUUUGUUGAUGGACUCGGAUCUCAGAGAGCCAAGCCCACUUGAGCUUUGCCAAUGUGAGGGAAUCCAAGUGGCAGCUCAGGUUUUUCCACCUUGCUCGGAUUCCAAAUUGAGGCAAAAUGUCAUCAUCAUGUUGUCAGAUUCUCAAGGGCUUUGGAUUCUAUAUGAGAACCCCAUGGCUGUGACUUUCUCACAGUCCACGCUGCUGUGCUGUGUCCAUUGUGCUGUGUGCAUCCAUACACUCUAGUCAGUGGCUGCUGGGCUGUGAUGUGUCCAUUGUACUGUGUUCAGCCAUACACUUCAGACAGUGGCUGCUGUGUUGUGCUGUCUCCAUUGUACUGUGUCCAUGCAGUCCAGUCAGUGGCUGCUGGGCUGUGCUGUCUCCAUUGUACUGUGUGAAUAUGCUCCAGUCAGUGGCUACUGCUGUGCUGUGUCUAUCCUCUCCAAAUAUAAGC